GGGCGUGCCGCCGAGUCCGCCUCCCCCGGGACCGGCCGCCGGGGAGGAGCCGGCGGAACAGCCGUCCCGGAGGCUCGGGGCGCCGGCGCCCUGGGCCUCUGGGCGGUUUGCGUGCGGCGCGGCUGGUUCCCGGGCUCGUGAGCCUCCCGGCCGACGCGAGUGACAGCGACCUUGUGGAUCGAGAGGGGAGCGCCGGGACGUCCCCCACCUGCCGACCACCACCCAUCGGGCUCUUUUUUCCUCUUUCUCCCACCUUCCGGCCCUCCCCGCCCCAGCAGCCACGCGGCCCAUCCCGGUGACCCGGCGACCGCGGCGGACCGCCCGGAUUUGCAUUUGAACGGAGGACCCUGGAAAGCCCCAGCCCUCGGCCCCCAGAGAGCCGAGGCUCCGCCGGACGGAAGAGGGCCAGCGAGAACCAGCAGGACGCCUCGACGCACUUUCCAGUCCGCGUGAGCCGCAGCGGCCGGAGGGAAAUCCUUGGAGCCGGGGUCAGGAGCCUGUGGAGGAAGCAUCCUGCCUUGUGACCGGAGCUCCGUGGUCAGUGCGGCGUAAAUGGCUCCCCUCCCUGCCGGCAUCCGCUUCAUCAUCUCCUUCUCCCGGGACCAGUGGUACAGAGCCUUCAUUUUUGUUUUGACAUUUUUGCUGUAUGCCAGUUUCCACUUAUCCCGAAAGCCUAUCAGCAUAGUGAAGGGUGAGCUCCACAGGUACUGUACCGCACUGAACGAGGGGGACGUCGAAUUCAGCAGCCAGAGCCAGAGGGCCAGUGACACCCCCCGCCAACAGCCACCAGACAACGAGACUGACUGCAGCUGGGCCCCGUUUGACCAGGACAACUACCAGCAGCUGCUCGGGGCCCUGGACUACUCGUUCCUGUGCGCAUACGCCAUCGGCAUGUACCUGAGUGGCAUAAUAGGGGAACGCCUGCCCAUUCGGUAUUACCUGACUUCUGGGAUGCUGGCCAGUGGUGCUUUUACCGCCCUGUUUGGCUUAGGGUAUUUCUACAACAUCCACAGUUUCGGCUUCUACGUGGUAACUCAGAUCAUCAACGGACUGGUGCAGACCACCGGCUGGCCCAGCGUCGUCACCUGCCUCGGCAACUGGUUCGGAAAAGGAAGGCGAGGUUUGAUUAUGGGGGUCUGGAACUCCCACACGUCCGUGGGCAACAUUUUGGGGUCCUUGAUUGCCGGCUACUGGGUGUCCACGUGCUGGGGCCUGUCCUUCAUCGUGCCCGGGGCCAUCGUGGCAGCGAUGGGGAUUGUGUGCUUUCUGUUUCUCAUCGAACAUCCCAAGGACAUCGCCUGCUCUUCCUCCCUGGUGGCGCAUUCGAGGGGCCACGAGAACGGCGCACACAGAUUCAGGCUGCAGAAGCAAGUCUUCGUGGACGACGAGAACAAGCCCCUGGACCCCGAGAUCCAGUGCCUACUGCUGUCAGACGGAAAGCACCCGGUCCAUCAGAGCCACGUCGUCGUCCUCCCGGCCGACGGCGGGGGCAGCAUGGCCGCCAUCAGCUUCACAGGGGCCUUGAGAAUCCCCGGUGUGAUCGAGUUCUCUCUGUGUUUGCUGUUUGCAAAGCUGGUCAGCUACACCUUCCUGUUUUGGCUCCCACUCUACAUCACCAGUGUGGAUCACCUUGAUGCCAGACAAGCCGGGGAGCUCUCCACCCUGUUUGACGUGGGCGGGAUCUUCGGUGGGAUCCUGGCGGGCGUGAUCUCAGAUCGACUGGAGAAGCGGGCCUCCACCUGUGGCCUGAUGCUUCUGCUUGCGGCCCCCACGCUCUACAUGUUCUCCACCAUCAGCAGAAUGGGCCUAGAAGCCACGAUAGCCAUGCUGCUGCUCAGCGGGGCCCUGGUCAGCGGGCCGUACGCCCUGAUCACGACCGCCGUGUCCGCCGACCUGGGCACGCACAAAAGUCUCAAAGGAAACUCCCAUGCCCUCGCCACCGUGACCGCCAUCAUUGACGGGACCGGGUCUGUAGGAGCCGCGCUGGGCCCCCUGCUGGCUGGGCUCCUCUCCCCGUCUGGAUGGAACAACGUGUUCUACAUGUUGAUGGUUGCAGACGCCUGUGCCUUACUGGUUCAAGGAACACUGACCGCCGAGUCCCCUGGAGGGAGGCGGGCCCGUCCUUCACCAACGGUCUGUCAAGGGAAAGUUCAAAUAAAGGAUCCUGUGUUGGAAAGAAUGAUUGACCCUUGCCUUUUGCACACACACCUGGAAAAGACACAAAGCCGCCUUGAGAAGUCCAGCUGCCGUUUCAGGCGAGCCGUGGGGCUCAGCACCGCGGACAGGAGGCGCGUGGGAAGUGCCCUCACCACGGCGGAGCCGGGGGACACGUGGCUGGGCGGGCGGGUCCCCGGCGGGUGGCACUCAGGUCGGCCUGAGUCUCGGGCGCUCCAGCCUAGGACUUUAGAACGGGCGCGUGUCGCGCUGGCAGGGACCUUGAUGUCACCUGAACGGGCCGUGUCGGGGACCCGAUGCCGCAGCGGGCGCGAGAACGCAGCCAGCACGGAGCCCAGACUCUGGGAGGACGGAAGAAACCCGAUGCCGGGUCAGAAACCAGGAUGGACCUCGGGGCCCUCAGGUGUCCCACAAGACUUCCCGCCACCGCCCCCGGCUCCUCACCGGCCUGGAGAAUUGUCGACGAGUGGGCAGCCGCGAGGCCAUCGGCCUGCCCGUCGAGGGCCCUGGGAACUCCAGGCCCGAACACCCGGAUGCGUCUCCCAUCUGAGCGCCACGGUGGCCGCUGCUGCUGGUCCCUGCGGGGCUCGGGGAGGACGUGGCCGGGGUGGGCGGGCCUGGUGCAGUGAGUCACCUGCGACACGCCAGGCGCCUGGAACUGUCUCCAGCCCCGCGGCACCAGCGUGGGGUUAUUUAUUUAAGAUGUGCUGUGUGUUCUAGAAAUCCAAGAAAAUAAAUGGCAUUUUGUUAUUUAUUAAGACGAACUCUGAUUGUUUUUGGCCAUUUGUCUUCCCAGUUGUUGCCUAGCAGAAUACUUGUCUGCUCUUUGAAAUAAAAUGGUUUUUUAAAGCUUA